ACUCACCCUCCUAACCAGAGCGUAGAUAGCAGCUACUAUUACAUCGCCGCAAGCCACCAUGGUCCAGUUCUACGACGCAAUCCCUGACAGUCAUAUUGCAUGGAUCAAGAAGCAGCACAUAUUCUUCGUCGCCACGGCCCCUCUCACCGGUGAGCACAUCAACGUCUCGCCGAAGGGGCUGGACGGGACGCUGCACAUCGAGAGCCCCACGCGGGUGUGGUACGAGGACCUCAGCGGGAGCGGUGUGGAGACCAUCUCGCACAUACGCGAGAAUAAGCGGAUUACGAUAAUGUUCUGUGCCUACGAAGGUCCCGCGCGCAUUCUGCGCAUCUACGGGCGCGGCACCGUGCACGAGUUCGGUACGCCCGAAUACGACGCGCUCAUCCCCGCCGCCCAGCGUCACCCCAGCUCGCGCGCCGCGAUCGUCAUCGACGUGCGCAAAGUCAGCACGUCGUGCGGAUACGCAGUGCCGAUGUACACGUUCAAGGCAGAACGGAGCGCGCUGACUCAGUGGGGCGCGAAGAUGGAGAAACUCGACUCGGCGUUCCCCCCGCGCUUCCCCCCCUCUUCAGACGCAAACGCGGCCGACGGAGAGGCGCCGGUCCCGACGGUGACGCUGGACACGGAGGCAGGCCCGCGCGUGUACGCGAAGGGCGGGAUGAAGGCGUGGUGGACGGGCUGGAACGUGCGCUCGCUCGACGACCUGCCGGGGCUGCGCUCCGCGUACCUGUCGGACGCGCCGCUCGAGGCGGGCGGGGAGGUGCGCGGGGAGGCGGAGCCGCCGAGCGAUGGGAGCGUCGUGAUUUUGGGGAACAAGGUGCCGAAGACGCGGGGUGCGGUGGUAGAGCGGCUGAGGGCGGGGAGGGUGCUGUUGCCGGGGGGUGCGGGGGAGAUGGUGAGGUUGGUGUGUGUGUUCGUGUUGGGGCUUGUGCUUGCGACGGUUUAUGGGCAGGGUUUGCAGAGGUUUGUGAAGAGCUCGCCUUUUGCUGUAUGACCUGUCGAUGUGCAGAAAUUCAACGACCGGAUCUGUACACUGUAAACGGAAGUAACUGCAUAUGAUGUAAC